AUGGAAAUUUCUAGCUCAAUUGCGUUUGAUCGUGACAGUGAUUCUAGCUUAAUUGCUUUUGAUCGUGAUUGUGAUUCUAUUUUUCCUGCUGGAGUUGGUUUAGUCGACUCGUUUUCGAAACAAUUGGAAAAAAAGAAUGCUAUUUUAUUUGAGGAAGCAGCUAGUUCUGAAUUUUACGGGAAACAAUUUCCUUCUGAAGAUGUGGCUUAUGAAAUGUUUAAUGAAUAUGAAUUUAGAAAGGGCUUUGGAAUUAGAAUUGGAAAAAGUAAGAGGCGAAGAGAUGAUUCAUUCUCUAUGAAAAGAUUUGUUUGUACAAAUGAGGGUUUUAAAGAUGAUAAGUGCAGGAAUAAUAGGCUGUAUGAGAGACUUAACAUAAGGACUGCUUGCUUAGCUUUUGUGCAGUUUAGUAUUGACCGUUCAGGUGUAUAUACAUGUACAAGACAUGAGAUGGUUCAUAAUCAUGAAAUGAUUCCUGUUGACAAGAGACAUUUAAUAAGGUCUCAAAGGGAUAUUUCUAAGGAACAUAUUAAUUUCAUUUCUACACUUAGAUUGAGUGGAGUUAAAGUUUCUGAUUCUUUGAGAGCUUUGAAGAAGGAGGUUGGAGGGUCUCCUAACCUUUGUUUUACAGCUCCUGAUUCUUAUAAUGCUAUUUCUGUUGAAAAGACAGCUAAACUUGGGGGAGGUGACAACAAUCAACUAAUCAAAUUUUUUGCUAAGAGACAAAUUGAUGAAGCAGAUUUCUAUUAUGAUUUUGAACAAGAUGAAAAUGGUGCAUUGGUUAAUUUCUUUUGGAGAGAUGGAAGGAUGAUGAGAGAUUAUCAUUACUUUGGUGAUUUGUUAGUUUUUGAUACUACUUAUAGGACUAACAAAUAUGGUAUGAUUUGUGCUCCAUUUGUGGGUAUGAAUCAUCAUGCAAAUAAUGUGAUGUUUGGCAUGGGAUUUAUACUUAAUGAAAGAACAGAAUCAUUUGAGUGCUGGGAUAAGAAAUAUUUUCCCCAAAGGUGUUCAUCAUAG